CGAGGCUCUCCGCUCUCCUCACCUCCGGUCUGUCCCACUCUCCUGUGCUCUUCUUUUUGUUGUUUAUGGCCGCCUGUCUCCUCAUCUUAGCCCUAAAUCUUCUGCGUGAAACAGGACAAAGGAGAAGAGGAUUUUCUCCUCUGCCCCUCACCUCCACUCUCAUCUUUCUCAUCGCUGCUCUGGGCCUGCAAGAAUAUCUUCUUCACUUCAUCUCCAUCCGCCCCAUCAUUUUUUAAAGCCCCUGUCUUUGCCCUUUUGUUUCUUUGCUGUCCCUCGCUGUGGAACUAAAUCUUCAACCUGCCACCCCGGGAGUCCCUUCAGAUGUCCGCAGCCUGGCGCUGAAGCGGGCGCUUGCCAGCAGCCCAGAUGCAUUUGCGACUCGUUGCCAUUGUGAUGUCCUUGCUAUGUGAGGUGAUCAAAAUGGGGUCUGGCGUCAUGCAGAAGCAAAGUGCUCACAGAGAUACAUCAGAAGACUGUCGGAGCUGUCUGGAGUGUUCCCGUGACAACGGCUGUGUGCGUUGCCCCGAGCGACUCUUCCUGUUCCUGCAGAGGGAGGGGAUGUCUCACCACGGAACCUGUCUCCACGCCUGCCCCUCUGGACACUACGGACAGAGAGGGAAGGACAUCAACCGCUGCAUGAAGUGCCGCUCUUUGGACUGUGAGCACUGCUUCAGCCGGGACUUCUGCACCAAGUGUAAGCCCGGCUUCCAGCUCUACAAAGGCAAGUGUCUGACCCGCUGCCCAGCAGGAACCUUCGCCCACCAGACAGACUGCCUCGAGAACUGUCUCCUGGCUCCUUUGGGAGAGUGGAGCGAGUGGAGCGUCUGUCUCCGUAACGGCGUCACCUGCGGCUACAGGUGGGGCAGGCAGACCAGGACCCGAGGCGGGGGGCAGUCCGGGAGAACGCCUGAAGAGAAAGCAGCAUCACUUUGCCCGUCCCACAGCGAGACACAGAGGUGCAGGAUGAAGAAAAAGUGUCCUGAAGAAAGAAGAAAGAAUAAAAAAGGAGGACUUGGAGGGAAGAGGGAGAGAAAACGACUACGGCUGCUGGCCAACGACAACGCUGGCAACUCGCUCAAUGGAACCACAGACGGCGGCGCCAGAGAGCACCAGGAUCCCCGAGGAUGAUACGGACACCCAGCUCGCCACCACACCUGACACAUGUUGGAAUAUCAGUCAGCUGACAUCAGCGGGAGCGUUGUAAUCUCAGAGCCAAGUCAUUGUUUCCAAUCAGCCCGUAAAAUCUUUAUUAACACGCACUGCCUUUCACCAGCGAUUUGUUUACUGGAAAAAUAAACAAAUAAGUCGACAUUAUGACUAAGAAAUUCUUACAUUGUGAUGCAUGUGACCAGUGAGUCAAAUUUCCCCACCCAAGAAAUGUUGCAACCGAGUGGCAGCCGCUAAAAUGACUGUCCCUUCUUGAACACACCCAGCGUUUAUUUACAAGAACAUCGAAGAGUUAAACAGAAUUUUAAUCAAUCAGCAAAUGUCUUCUGGACAUGCAGUAAUUGAACGUUUCUUGUGAAUUCCAAAAGUCCGAAAUCUGGAUGAGGUUCUCAAAAGUUAAGAUGCAAAAUUUAACAAAGAAAUCUAAAACAAGGUACCAAAAAAAUCUUCCAAAUAGUCCAACAAACUAUGAGAUUAAAGAUGAUGUGUGGAAUUUUUCCCUUUAAACUAAAUUUUUGUUUCCAUAUAGUGUUUCUCACCAAAAUGCGUUGUGCGUCGUUGAAGGGGAACACCUGUAUUUUUCAACCUGGACCUUAUUCUCCCAUUUAUUUGUGUCUGAGGGUGCUUUCACACCUGCCCUGUUUGGUUCGGUUCAAUCAAACUCAAGUUCAUUUGCCCCCUCAGUGUGGUUCAUUUGGGCAGGUUGGUUUGUGGUGAGAAGGUGUUCCGACCUGGAUGUGAAGCAACUGCAGUCACAUGACACAUUGUUUGGGUUAAACAUGAGCAUGUUACAGUCCUGGAGGAUUAUUAAUGUGCACCUCCUCCUGUACUGCCUUAAUAUGCACAUUCAGCACAUCCAAUGCAUCAAAACAUUGUUUUCUAGUUGGAGCCGCGCCUCGUUUUCAAACUGUAUGCUUUGACUAAAAUGAACAAUGACAGCAAUAUAGUCCACGAUGAGCAGCGCUAAAAUCAACCUGCGUAGUUGUCCCUCCAUUGUGACAUUAGAAAGUGUCACAUUUAUCUUGCAAGUGUACUCUUCUUCAACGUUUGCUUUACUUCCUGGAUUUUUCUGACCAAUCAAGAGCAGCUUUCUCACACAAGGCAUUUGAUCUGGUCCUCUUGUAAAUGCUGCCGUGAGAACACGAACCAACUCUAGGCAAUUAUGCAACUUUGGAACAACAUGAUUCCCUGAUUCAGACCAAAGGAGACGACUCUAGGUCUGAAAGCACCCUGAGUGGCUCGUGGGAACAAGAGUUGUUAUAAUUUGAUCCAGUGUUGAAAGAGAUUGCUAUAGCCGGCUAAACAGGCUACAGUGGAAACACUAGUGGCGGGUGCGACUUGUUAUUUACGUCCACAAUAAGUGCUUGUUUUUGCCACUGACAGGCUCAAAUUUCAUUGUAAGUCAAUGACAAAAUUAUGGAAAAGACCCUUUAGAGAAAGGAAAUGUUUUUCUGGACCUUUUCCUUGUUCUGGUCUGUUUGGUGUCCAAGUUUCGCUAAAGAAGAAGUCACAUACUGAAAUCUCUCAGACCUCUUCAUGUUGUUGAAAUCAGCUAAAUAUUUGGUUGUGACAUUAGGAAUCUUUUGGCUAAGAGUAAAGGCCUUUGCAUGCGGAGUCCCUUUUUAUUGUC